CUCCAACUCAAAAAUUGGAAUAUAGAACAAGCCGUCGGCGAAUUCCUAGACGAGUGCCAUCCAACGCCUUCUCAAAUGAAGUCGAAUCGGCGGAUUUAUUGUCCGCCGGACGGGCGAUCGAAUGCGCCGGUGAAGAUUCGGCGAUCGAAUCCGCAGGACUCAUCUUCAUUGACGGGAUUGGAAUCUGAAAAGGCGUUGAUGCAGGACAUAGCUCCAUGGAUGGGUUCACUUAGCUUGACAUCAGUCAAAAUCAGGAGCUCUUCUUCUUCAUGUGCGAUGGAGGUUGACCCGCCAGAGUCACUCAACGAAGCUUCUGAAGAACAUAUGCUUCAAACUAUACCUUUAAUGGCGUCAUCUAAAGUGGAGGAGGUAGUAAAUCUUCUUCUCUUUCUCUGCACUACUUACUACUAUCUUGCUCGAAUUGUGGUUGAUAAUAUCUAAAGUGCAAAACAUUACCUCUUGAUGGUUUUUGUUGAAAAAAGAAUGGAACUCCAGUGUUGAUGCCUAGACUACUUUUGCA